AUGAAUGUAUCAGCCGUAAGGCGACCAAUAUACAAGUGGACGAGGCACCGGAUGCUACUGCUAUUGCUGCUGCUAUUUAGUGUAACAACAUCACAAGUCACGGCUGCAUCGUGUACGAACGCUAGCACGUUAGUAAAAGGUCAAGAUGACUCGACUGCUAUUGUCUAUGACGAUGCGUGUGAUCCACGGACCUUUCAAGUGCUUGCAAGUCUCAGUUUUGAUCGCAGUCUGAACCUCUCGAACUUGAAUGUUGCAGAGGUUCGAAGCUAUCCACGUGUGUAUCAUUUACUUCUUAACAACAACAGACUCAAGACGUUCAUGCCUAUAGACUCGGACACUGAUAUGGUGAACUUGGAACUUGCUAGCAACUUUAUAACGGAUUUGACCGGCAUCAACUUCCCUGAACGACUCAAGUACUUGGACUUGAGCUCGAACUUCAUCACGACGCUGUCGGCAGCCACGCCCUGGCCUGAAUCAGGUGAGUUGCUGAUGCUCCUACUGGAUAACAACCCCCUUAGCUCGGUCGGGGCUGAUACAUUCACGAAACUUGUCGCGCUGGAGUCUUUGUCGCUGUCGAACACGGGCAUUUCCAAUCUAGACGACCUCGUGCUGCCAGUCUCGCUGCGAACGCUGAACGCGACAAAAAACUUGUUUACCAGUUCUACGACCAACUUUUCAAAUCUGCCAACGGCUUUGCAGUACCUGGACCUGAGCAACAACCUACUUACGGCAUUCCCCACCGUCGUGUCGUCUCUCACAACGCUCGUGGAGCUGAACCUUGAGUCGAACGGUAUCAAGAAAAUCAGCGGCAUGUCUUUUGCGUCAACGCUUCACAAAGUAUUCUUGGCAAAUAACCCUCUGUCCACCAUCGAAAUAUGUCGGUCCGACGUGAGCGUGUUUCAGAGCCUCAGUGAAUUUACUGCGCCUUCGUCCGUGUUAAACGCGUGCUCGAACCCCAAGGCGAUCAGCGAGGAAAUCCAGGGCGUCUCUUUCUGCGUGCUUGAAGACGAUGACUGCUUGGAAUCUGGCAGUCUAACCCAGACAGACAUCAAUGAUAUCUCGAGCUCGGGCAAGGCAAACUCAAUUGACGCAUCUAACGACAGCGCCGAGUCCACUUUCUCGACGACAGCUAUCGGUCUCAUCGGUGGCACGUUUUUCCUCGUUGGCAUCUUGUUGAGUGCCUUGGUGUUUAGUCUAAUUUGGAGCAAACGAAGGAACAAUGGCAACAGGCCUUCUCGACGUGCGGUCCUGAAAAUGAGCCGUGAUUGUCGAUUAGGAAGCAGCGGUGGUAAUAUUAUGGUGUUCACAAGCAGUGGAGGCAUUAGUCGUGCUAAUGGAAAAGGUAACGACGACUACCGUGACACGGACAGCAAGAAUGGGAACAAUAGUACUUUCGGCGGCAGUGGCUUAAAUUCCGCUGGUGAAGCAGCCUGGAGCGUGUAUGAAAGUCCUUUGGACAAGUACAACCCGGUGGCUCUGCUCGAGCCAAGUCCCAAGGAUAAAAGCUUUCUCGGUGCUAGUACAAUUUCGCUUCAGGCCCGAAGCAAGCUCAAGAUCAAGGUCGACUUAGAUGACUUACUCGUGUACGAGAUCCCGCCUGAGGAAAUCCAAAUGCAUCGUGCGCUGCACAUGUCUGUAUUGAAGAGCAGCAGCAAAGCUGCGUUAGCUUUGAGCAGUGUGGGAGUGGGGAAUUCUCGUAAAAAGGUGGAUUCCGGUCUGUUCCUGGCCGAGUACCAGGGCUUCAGGGUCGUUGUUCAAGCGCUUAUGCGUUCAAAGAAGCAUCUUGAGAAGCGCUUUGUGGAGCAGAUUCGUCUUGCAGCAUCACUAGAUCAUGCCUCCAUUGUGCAUUUUAUCGGCGUCACCACUGGCUGCAGUACGACGGCGAGCCAACGUGGCAGCAUCAGAUCGACGGCCCGGGUCCCGUAUACUAGCUACAGUCCGACCAACAUUAUGAAUGAUAGCACAGCAAGCAGCACAAUGAAAAACCGCUACUCGAACCUGGGUGCGCCAUCCUGGCAUUUAGGUGUGGUAGUUUGA